AUGACGGCGAACCUCCAAGUAGGAGAAUCCAGGAGCACCCUCAAGCUUUACGUAAGCCCUACCUCGCAACCCCGGCUGAUCCUGGGACGAGACUUUAUGGCAGCAACGGGGUUGGUUCCGUUCAUCCGAGAAGGCUACGUCAAGCUUCCAGACGGAAGCAGGCUGUCAUUCUUGCCAACCGCACCGACACUGGUGGCAGUGGCCACCGUCCCAGUGAAAAUCACCAUGAACGAGCAAUUGGGGGAACGCGAACGCCACGAAUUACAGCAGGUCAUAGCCGGGGGCGCUUUCGCCAGCGACUCCGCACCAUUCGGUAAAGUCAGAGGGUUUACUCAUGCCAUCGACACAGGGAACCACCCGCCCGUACACCUACCCUUACGACGUACGUCCCCCCAAGAGCGAGACGUAGUAAGGCAGGAAGUCGAGAAAAUGCUGGCACACGAAGUCAUCCGACCGUCGACAUCCGCAUGGGCGGCGCCUAUCGUCCUGGUUCGAAAAAAGGACAACUCCACCCGAUUCUGCGUCGAUUACAGACGACUGAAUGACAUCACGACCAAGGACGUCUUUCCGUUACCCCGAAUUGACGAUACGCUGGCAGCACUCCAUGGCGCCCAGUAUUUCUCAAGUCUAGAUGCUGCGUCCGGUUAUUGGCAGGUAGCAAUGGAUCCGGCCGCGGUGGAAAAGCGGCGUUCAUUUGCACGGAAGGCCUGUUCGAAUUUCUGGUAA